GCAGUCCUGACCCCUCUGGUCGCCGCAGGAACGUCCCCCAACAUCGCCCGCAGCGCCAUAGUGAACUGCGCCGAGCUGGUGACCUACGAUCUCAUCAAGGACGCGCUGCUCAAAUCCCACCUCGCCAGCGAUAACCUCCCCUGCCACUUCGCCUCCGCCUUCGGGGACGGCUUCUGCGCCACCCUCGUCGCGUCCCCCGUGGACGUGGUGAAGACAAGGUACAUGAACGCUGCUGCGGGGCAGUACGGGAACGUCGGGAGCUGCACCCUGGCCCUGCUCAGAAACGAGGGGCCCGAGGCUUUCUACAAGGGGUUCGUGCCCUCGUUCCUGCAGCUCGGCUCCUGGAACGUCGUGAUGUUCGUCACCUACGAGCAGCUGAAAUGGGGCCUGAUGGCCACGGGCAAGAGGUCCCCUCCUGAGCCUGACGCUGCCAUCACCACCUUCCUGGUGGCACCUCGCUCGCUGACAUCAAAGGGGAUCACGUCUGCCAGAUCCCAACCAAGGAGAAAGCUGUAG